GAAGCGGAAGUGACUGCCGCGGACACCGGCGUGGGUGCGAGGCAUGGGUUUGAGAUCUCCCGGAGCCGGAGGUACCUCCCCUGCCCCGCCAAGGUCGGGCCCGACGCGAGGGGCGCGCAGGGAGACCCGGGAGUCCGACGAGCGCCGUCCGGUACUGUCUAAUAGGAAGGAUGGACUUGGGGAAAGGCAAGCUUCUCAGGACGGGCCUCAAUGCCCUGUACCAGGCAGUGCAUCCCAUGCAUGGCAUCGCCUGGACUGACGGGAAGCAGGUUGUCCUGACAGCGCUGCAGCUGCAGAACACAGGGCCCACAUUUGGAGACUCAAGGAUCAUGGGGCAGUUUGAACACGUGCACGGGCUGUCCUGGGGUCCCCCAGGGGUAGCGGGUAGCCCCACCCUGCUGGCGGUACAGCACAAGAAGCACAUCACUGUGUGGCAGCUGUGCUCGAGCCUCUCGGAGAGAAGCAGGCUGCUGGUGUCCCAGACGUGCGAGAUCGGGGAGCCCUACCCCGUGCUCCCCCAGGGCUGUGUGUGGCACCCCCAGAAGGCGAUCCUGGCUGUGCUCACCAGCCGCGACGUCUCUGUCCUCCACUCGGUGCACCAUGACAGCUCCCGGGUGAAGGCCGACCUGGUCAAAGUCCAGGGCUUUGUGCACUGCGCGUGCUGGACCCGUGACGGUCAGAGGCUGGUGGUGGCUGUGGGCAGUGCCCUGCAUUCUUUCAGGUGGGAUGACUCCCAGAAGACUCUGCACGCGUGCUCUUUCUGCCCGGUGUUUGAUGUAGGCGGUCACAUCUGCUCUGUGCUGGCCACUGCGGACAUGCAGAUCGCUGUGGCCACUGAGCUCCCCCUGGACAAGAUCUGUGGCCUCCACUCGAUAGAAGCCUUUGAGAUGUCGACUGCAGAGGAGACACAGCCCUCGCCCUCGUCCCUGGCCGGCGUCACAGAGGAGCCCCCUGUGGACCCCGGGAGAGCGUCCCCCGACUCGGAGCCGUCCUCCUCGUCCGCCUCCUUCUCAUCUUCCUCCCUGGACUCGGGGAAUCUCACGCCGAUGCCCCCCGGGAGCCGUCGAUACGACUCUGGCUUACUCUUCCAUCUCCGAGAGAAGGGCUGCCUCUCUGGGGCUGGCCAGGACUCCUCCCAUUUGGUCCUGGUGACCUUCGAUAGGACGGUCACCACCACCCGGAAGGUGGGUGUCCCUGGUGUCCUGGUGCCGGACCUGCUGGCCUUUGACCCCAAGUCUCAGGUGGUGGCCGUGGCCUCCAACACGUGCCACGUCAUUCUGAUUUAUUCCCUGAGCCCCUCCUCGGUGCCAGGUGUCCAGUGCAUCCAGCUGGAGACCUGUGAGAGGCCCAAGGGCAUCUGCUUCUUGUCAGACAAACUACUCCUGAUUUUGGUGGGGAAGCAAAAGGUCACAGACCCCACUUUCCUUCCCUCCUCCAAGUCUGACAAGUACACCAUUCGCUUGGUGGUCAGGGAAAUCACCUUCGAGGGAGAACCCUCCUGGAAGUCUGACUGGAGCCAGCGAGAUUUCUGCAAUGUCAGUGCGACACUGGGCUUGACCAGCAAGAGGAAGUUAGGAGAGAGCCACUGCCCCGUCUACUACCCGCAAAUGAGAGAACUCCUCAUCCCCGGAAAGCUCCCCAUGCAGCCUCUGGCUAGCGGGAAAACCUUGAUUGAGGAAAUCACAGUUGCUCCAGGGGCCCAGAGCCCCAGACGCAAUGCCGCACUGCUGAGCAAGCCCACGCCAGCCACUGACACCGCUGCCUCUGUGGAAGGGCUGGAGGCUGCGUCUGGCCCCUGGUGCUCAGCUCCACUUGACCCUGAUGCUGGGCCAGGCUCUCCCAAGACCCAGUGCCGCCUGAUACACGAGCCCCUAAACCUUCCCCAGGACAAAGUCUCCAUGAAGGAAAAGGAGGACAGGCGGCUCUCUGGGGUACUGGAGAGGCUGUCUGGGAGCUUCAUGGACCUCCGCCAGCGCCUCUUGGAGCUCAUAGACCUUCUGCACAGGAAGGAGCAGCCUCCGUCCCCCAGCACCUACCCGCUCUCUCAAGACCCAUCUUUUCUUCUCAUCACCUGUCAGAAGCCAUCCCCCGCAGGGCCCGUGGUGGACAAGAGAGCGGUACUUCUCUGUGAUGGCAAGGUGCGCCUGCAGACGGUCCAGCAGGUGUUUGGCCUCUCUCUGGUGGAGAUGCAGCAUGGCUCCCUCUGGAUCCUCCUUUCUGCUGACAGUGAAGGGUUCAUCCCGUUAACGUUCUCGGCCUCCCAGGAGAUCACCAUCCGCGAUGGCAGCAGCGGCAGGCUGGGCUCCCCCACUCAGUGAGUCUGCUGGGCAGGCGUUUGCACCUGAGUGGUACCUGCACCUCUGAAAGGCCGUUCUGCAGCGUUCAGACGUCUGGAGCUCUCGGGGACAGAUGGGCCUGAAAGGGCCCGUGCGUCACUUUGUAAAGAGACAGAAUAAAAUGAAUAAAGUCUGGUGACGCCGCCGCUGCCGCCACCACCAAA